CACAAGUCCACUACAUAUAUAUAUAUCAAAAACGACGUCCCGCCACAUCCGACGACCACAGCAGCCCAGUGGAAACUGCAACUGGCGGCCAUGAGCGGCUGAAACAGAAGAACAUCAUUCAUCAUGGCUCGCACGCCACUGCCAAUUCUGGUCCUGGCGUUGUUUGCCUUUGUCCUCUUAUCGACACUAAAUGUCCUCCACCGGCUAGGUCCAUCUGUAGUCGACCUCUGGAACGACAGUGGAUUCCACGUCUCGACCACUUCGAGAGUCCAUAUCCGGGAUGGAGAUGAAUAUUUGGUAGGCGUCGGCAAGGGCGACAUCACAGGUCCCGUCGUCGAGAUCAAUUUCAUGGGCUAUGCCGAUGCUGCUCAAGUGGGCAGUGGGCUGAGGCAACGGCUGUACUCACGAGCUUUCAUCGUGGGAGACCUGCAUACACCCGAAGACCGAUUCGUGUAUCUCGUGCUAGAUACACAGUCUGGAGAUACUGCCGUCCGGCACGGUAUUUUGGAAGCUCUCGGUCGUCUUGGUGGCGAAUUUGCGCUGUACGGACAGCAUAAUGUUGCCGUUACCGGCACUCACUCACAUAGUGGUCCUGGUGCCUGGCUCAACUACUUGCUGCCUCAAAUCACCAGUAAAGGCUUUCACAAGCCUUCGUACGAAGCUAUCGUAGAUGGAGCCGUGGCCUCGAUCAAGCAGGCGCAUGAACGCCUCGCAAAGGGCCACUUGUCUGUGGCUUCGACUCGUGUGGACGAUGCCAACGUCAACAGAAGCCCAUGGGCAUACAUCCAGAACCCACCUGAGGAGCGAGAGCGCUACAGCGACGAUGUUGAUAAACAGAUGACAGCCCUGCGGUUGAGCCACAGCACAGAUUCCGGGGAUGUAGACGUGGGCAUUCUCACCUGGUUCGCGGUACAUGGCACGAGUAUGCUGGGGAACAACACUCUCGUGACUGGUGAUAAUAAAGGAGUUGCUGCCAUGCUUUUCGAGAAGUCGACAGAAGACCCUUCUUUCGUGGCAGGCUUCAGUCAGGCCAACGUGGGUGACACUUCUCCCAACGUUUUGGGCGCCUAUUGCGAGUCUGGUGAGCAACAAGGGCAGAUGUGCGACUUCAAGACUAGCCUCUGCGGCAAUAAAACACAACCGUGUCACGGCCGAGGACCACACUUUGGACGAGACGAUGCCGGCACUGCUUCUGCUUUCGAAAUUGGCAUUCGACAGUAUCAAGGCGCUCGAGAAAUGUUCCACAACCAUGCAGCUUUCACGCCCGUUCGUGGAAAAGUAGUCAAAAGCGUACACCAAUUUGUCGAGUUGAGUCAGUACAAGUUCCAAUUGCCAAAUGGCACCAAUGUGCAGACGUGCCCGGCAGCGAUGGGGUAUUCCUUUGCCGCUGGCACUUCAGAUGGGCCAGGUGCAUUUGACUUCAAGCAGGGUCAACCUGGUGAGCCACAUGCAAAUCCGCUCUGGGCAGCGGUCAGAAAUGGCCUCCACAAGCCCAACAAGACGCAGAUUGCAUGCCACGGCGAAAAGCCCAUCCUGCUCGAUGUCGGCGAAACACGGAAGCCGUAUCUGUGGACACCCAACAUUGUCGAUAUCCAGCUUCUGCGUGUGGGUCAAUUUUUCAUCAUUGUGUCUCCCGGAGAGGCAACCACCAUGGCAGGUCGUAGAUGGCGUGAAGCCGUGCACACUUCCGCAGUCUCGACUUUUCCUGAGCUGGACGACGAGGAGAACAAUCCCCUGGUUGUGCUGGGUGGCCCCGCCAACACAUACACCCAUUACAUCACGACUCCGGAGGAAUACAGCGUACAGCGGUACGAAGGAGCCUCGACGCUGUAUGGACCAUGGACUUUGCCAGCGUAUAUUGAUUUGACACUGACAUAUCUUCCCCACCUGGGCGCCUCCACUGAUGGUCUACCCCGUCUGGGUUCGGGGCCACUGCCACCCAUCUUUGUGAAUAAGAGCCUAUCAUUCAUCACGCCUGUCGUGGUCGAUCGCGCCGGUCUGUUCAAAGAGUUUGGACAAAUCGUCACGGAUGUCGAGCCCGUGUAUCGUGUCGGCGACACCAUCUCAGCUCGCUUUGUCGGCGCCAACCCCCGAAACAACUUGCGCCGGGGCGAGACGUUUGCUGCAGUCGAAAAGCUCAACGAGGACACUGCCGGGUGGGAGAUGGUGCGGAGCGACGAAGACUGGAGUCUGGUCUUUGAGUGGAAGCGAACCAGUACCGCGCUGGGUACGAGCCAGGUGACGAUUUCAUGGGAGACGAAGUGGGAAAAUGGCGAGUGGAGGGAGAAGAAGAGUAACAAUAAUCCAGAUGACUCCAGCAGCACGCAUACCGAUCUGAUGAAUCGAAAUGGCCCGUAUCAGGAUUUACGAGGUCGAUAUCGAAUACGAUAUUUUGGUGAUGCCAAAGCCCUCGGGGGCAGAAUUACUCCGUUUGAAGGUGUGAGUGGGGAGUUUACAAUUGUAUGAAAAAGGAAAAAGAAAAGAAAAAAAGAAAUCAGUGAUAGAGACAAGGAAGAAAAUAGAAAGAAGAAAGAAAAAGAAAACAGAAGGAAGAAGGAAGCAAAUAAAUAGCGCAGACUUUUCCGGAGUCCGGAUGAUAAUAUUCUCCAGAGGAAGUAGAAAAAAGAAAAAGAAAAGGCUUACCGAUGCCGGUCGUCUCGUCUCGUGAGGUGAAAGAGUAGGUGAGUGUCUGCCCCAAUGUGACUUUGGGUCAGCAGGACUAUAUCGUAUUAUAUCGUAUCGUACCGUAUCGAACAAAAGAGAGGCAAGAGAGAGGGGGGAGUGGGAGUGGGGGAGAGAGAGAGA